CAGUAUAGGAACUGAAAACAAGCCUUAUAAUUCAUGUAUUUGAAAAUCAGCGGCAAUAGCAUAAACAUGGCUGACCAAUCAGAAGAUGAUCCCUGGUGUCGCAUCUCUGAUUAUAGUGUCUCUAGUAUCAACUAGUUGCGUGAAACUUUUUCGCGGGUCUAGUUCUAAACACACGUAGUUUUCAUGGUCAUAGUAUUUACACACCCUGGUAUAACCCUGUUAUAACCCUGUAUUCUUCCAUAGCUCGCGCAUGCCGAGUUAUUUGUUUACUAAUCUUACAUAUAUGUAAGUUACUCUUGACUCGCUUGUUACGCAGUGAGACAACUCAUGGAAAAUUGCAUAGUGAAGGAAAACAAUAAUGACCUUUCGCAAUCUUAUUCCCAAGGUAUCGAGAGGUAAGUCGACAGUUAACGUACGCCUCUUUAAUCUACAGCUUAUUAUUUCUAACGGAUAUUGUAUAUUUAGAAUUACGGGGACGAGAGAUAGUACUUGUAAUUUUCAAAUACCAGAACAACUGUUGGAGGCUCGGGAGAAAACUUGGAACAAUUUGUUUACUAGAUAUUCCGAGGAGACGUCUGACGAUAUAGAAAUAAAUGUUGACACUCUCGAGCCCGAAGAGGAGGAGGAAGAGGAGGAGGAGGAGGAGGAGGAGGAGGAGAAUGCAAUUAGGGAGCAAGACUUUAGUUGUGGACAGCGAAUACCUAUGCGUAAACCAGCUACUUUGGUACAAUAUUGGAUCGAUACUGGUAAUCCACCGUAUAUGGCGCAGUUGGACGAGAAUGAGUCGUCCGAGGCCGGCUCGUCUCUAAGCGAGAAAGAAUCUAUACCUUCGUUAACGUCUCUGGUCUCGGGUGCAGGAAUUAUGAUAGAUACUAAGCGGAAACAUGAAAAUGACUCGUCCUGCAGCUCUGUAGAUACCGCAGUUUAUAUUCUAUCAAACGCAAAUGUCACAAAGAAAGCGGACACUAUAGCUAUUACAGAAGGUGCAAAAUGCCUCGAGAUUAAAGCAGCCUCGUCUAACGAUAAGAGGAUCGUUAACGAUUCUAAUAAUGGUGAUGUUGACAUUGAUGUCCAAAACACCAAUUUGUCUCAAGUGUCGACCAUAACAGAGUAUACGGCAUCGGAAACGUGUGACAACGUCCUGGUGUCUGCUAAUGCGGCGCAAUCCAACAUUUAUUCGCAUGGGUUAUCUUGCGAGAAAACUGAUAAAAUAGACGAGUCGAGUAUCAGUAAAAGGAACUCGGAUGUACCAACUAUAGGCGACAUCGAACUAAUUUUUCGACAAUUUGAUAAAACGUUAAAACGAUUGGCUGGCAAUGACAAGAACAAUGACGUUUCAAAUCAGAACAAGGCUGUGGAAAUGGAUACCUUUCACGAUAGUCAGAUAUCGGAGAACGUAGCGCGUGAAAUUGUUGCGACAGAUGCGAGUCUGACAGCUUUUCAUCGUAAGAAAUUGUACACAGGCCGGGAUUCCCCUGUAGACCUGAUGCUAACCGAAUCACGUGCUACAAAUAGAUUAUCUGGAGCAAGAGAAAGUUUACAUCCUGCCUUGGAUCCAUUAGAUAGUGCGAUUGAGGGAAAAACACCAUUGGCUCACAAAGGUAAAAAUAAACAGUCUCUUUUUGUUAAAAGGAACCUCAAUUUCAGGACAGUGAAAAGAAAAGAGAAAAGAGAACCUUGUACCUCUGCCUCUCCCUGUCCUUCCAAUAAAAUUACCAUUACAGAAAUUAAUGACGACCGCACAGACCGCACAGAUGACAAGAUUCAAGAUUCCAAUAUUGACGGUUCUUUUAAGUCUUUAUCGGACUUGCACGAUAAUUCGGAUAAACGGCGAGACAUCGUUCUGUCUCGGGAAUGCGACGAUGGCACAAACGCUUCGGCAAUUCAAAGUGAGAGAUGUAAACAGAAUCUAAAGCCAAUUGUACUUUUAGAGAGGAUUGAGCCUCCUUUUCAACGACACAAGAUUAAGUCUACGAGCGACAGUACCCAGCGGCACAUUGAGCAAGAAAAGAGGGCACUUAAUGACGGGUCAUAUUCCUCACAGAUUGAAAAUCUGGAAGUAGAAACGAGAGAUAGCGAUGACAGUACCAUUCUUAUUUUCAAAUGUAACAGCGCAAAUGACUCGCAGCAUCUCUCUUCAUUUUGUAACUGCUCUCUCGAUUCGAGGUUCAACGUCGAAGAUGACUUCUCUGCUUUGCAGGCAGAGAGGAACGGAAGGAAAGAUGACAAACUGUCCGGCAUGAGCGAGAAUAAGGAAUUACGCCAAGGGCUGAAGGUUGUCAAGAGAACGCGAUCGUUAACGAAAGGUUAUACAGAUGCAACAGUGAAAUCGCGAUACUGGCAAAAUCUAACGCCAACUAAAUCUAAAACAUAUUCUCAUUUAUACAACAAGAAAAACAAGGCAGAUGAUGUGAAGCUGCGAGAUAUUAAAGUUGUAUUGAAACGAUUGCCAUUAUCCAAGAAUUGUACAAGUACAAUAAUGAAAAUGCCAGCCUUGGAUCAAAAUGAUACUAUUUCGCAAAAAGGGAUGUUAAAUCAGUCUAAAGAGCAGUUUUCUAACCCGUAUGGAGCAAAUAAGCAAGUUGAUUGGAAACUUGGGCAAGUCAGAAUUGUAUUGGAGCGAUUACCUGCAAAUCUAUAUCGUGAGAAGCUCAGCGAUGUCGCAGAUACGAAUACUUUUCCCAGUGACAAGAUUUCGCCGUGCGAGAAUGUGAGUCCGCAAUCUAAUGAUAGACUGAAAUCUUAUAUUAGAAAAGUAGUUGGUCCAAUUCGUAAUCAUUAUUCAUUGAGAGUGAGCACCAAAUCCAAGGAGGAUGAUAAAGUAGGUGAUACAUCCGACAUUGUCGCAGAGAGACCAAGUCAAGAUUCAACAUUUCAGCAGAAAACAUUUCGACAUAAAAAUCGCAGUAAAGCGAGCCAGGAUAAAUGUUCCGUUUUAAUGUUUAAGUCGGACGAAGAUGAUUUUGUUCGAUCGAUACAACAUCCCAGAAAAAGGUCAAAAGUAUCAAAGGACGGCGAUAUAUUAGCAGGCGUACCACGUAUCGUUGAGAGCAAUUUCUGCGAUCGUACCAAGUUGGUUAUUAGCGAUGAAAGCAAAGAUCGCUUUGGUAGGGACUCGAAUACAAUUCGUUUGUCGGAAAAGAUUGAACAAAGAGAUGUUGAAUCGAUAAAAAUGAAGAAAUCUUUCAACAGUACGCAGUGUGUACCAAUUGACUCCUUUGAGACCCGUAAAAAUGAUAGCUUUGUGCUUGUCUCAAAUGAGGAUGACAAUGAUAGUGCUGCUGAUCAUUCAAAUAAACGUAGGAUUAAAAAAGGAAUGUCGUUUUUGAAUAGUAAGAAAGACAAAGGUUACAACAGUAAAGAACGUUCAAAUGGAGCGAUAGAGAAGAAUGGGAUAGGUCGCGAGGCUAGAUCGCGUGCCUCUGUUACGUUUUUCCAAACGAAAACAUUCGACUCUUCAGAUUCUGAAAGAAGCAACAGUUACACUUUAUCUACUCGUAAAGCGUCAAAAAGUUCUUCUGUUCGCAAUAGAUUGCGAUAUCGCGAUCGUGCCGAUUCUAUUGCGAACAAGUAUAGCAAGAGGCAUUUCAGUUCAUUGGAUUCUUCUCGUGAAAAGCACAAUCGGAUACACGAUGGAACAAUCGACAAAGAAGCUAAAGCGAACCAACGAAUAGCUAAUCAAGUAUCCAAUGGCGGCAUCAAGUCAAGAAUCAGUAAUACAAGAAAAGAUGCGUCUUCCUCUUCCUCUUCUCCUAUAACCGGUGUACGAAACAUAUGUAAGGCGCAACACGUGCAAGAAAAAAUGUUUUCAAAUACUUUCCUUGGGGAAACAAGUUUAACGAAGAAGAGAAACAUUUCGGAUAAAUCUAAGAAUUCACUAGUUCUUGUGCAGGGCAAAACGUACGUUACACCUACGGUAAGAAAAAUGUUAACAUUUCAAACAAAAAGUUAUUACGAUUCUUCCGAUUCGAGCGAAACUUCGUAGCAACUUUUGUGAGAAAUCCGCACGCUUGUAAAAUGUUUGAAGAACAUAUAACUGUGAAUGUAUAUAGAGGAAAUGCGAGAUUUUAUGAAAUUGUUUAAGGCGCGUAACACGUGCAGAGCGUAUUGAAUAAUAGAGGGAGUUUAAUAUAUUAAUAAGACAUGUAUAACAUAUUGUCUAGAGAGACAGUAGGGACAAUAAUCCCGCUCUCUCCUUUCUUCCCGUUCUCUUCCUGCCUCACAAGUUACGGCUGCAUAUUUAUAGAUGGACUCAGAACAUGACAAAAAAUUAGGUACAAUGAAUUGGUACAGAAAACAAGAGUGAAUGAAGACAGAGUAAAUAUUUUCUGUUUUACUUAUUAAGAAAUCGUCUGUCUUCCCCCUCCUUGAAAAUUUAAUUUUGUAACUUUGAGGAAUCACAAGUUGAUUACGUAUGUCUUAUUACUAGGGCUCGGCUCGCGGGCGCGGAACACCGCUGCG